UUGAGCUGAGUUUCAGACCAAAAGGAAAAUUCAGUCAAGACAGUCAUUCUAAACAGUUUAUGGUCAAAGACGAGGCUCAAUCCACGCCAGACAAACUGAGCCUGAGCGUUUUACUCAGGAUGACGCAUCACUGAUCAGCAGAGGAUCUGUGAAUACAGCGGUUGAGUUUCUCACUGAAGUUGGGAGUUUAGUGGCACUUCAGUGCAGCAUGAAAAGAUUUGAGCUCUGCUAUGGAUCUUCCUGAAGAGCUAAAUGAGGGAAUCCUGCCCUCUGAAAACACUCUACCGGAGAAACUUUGUGGGCCCGAUGAAGCUCAGGGGUCUGAGGCAGGGUGGCCUGACUGUCCUCCACCCAGCUCUGUUUCAGUGAUGAGUGACCACUCAAAGGAGCCGCCUCUCGCUUUUAACAGACAGCAGUCUUCUGAUAUAGAGUCUGAGGAGGAGCAUCCUGACUCUCCUCCACCCAGCUCUGUUUCAGUGAUGAGUGACCACUCAAAGGAGCCGCCUCUCGCUUUUAAAAGACAACAAUCUUCUGACACAGAACUACAGCAGGAGAUGUCAGAGGUUCAUGGUGGUGCAUCUUUUGUGGAGCAUCAAACAGACAUGCAAUCCAUAUUUAAGUUGCUUGAGGAGAGCAUUUUCAUGUUCAUGAAAGACGAGCUGAUGAGGAUGCAAAGGGUUUUAAAAUCAGAGUGUCUGGAUGAAGAAAUGAACACUGGAGCAGAUGAGGGGAUGAGGAGCAGCAGAGAGGCAUUUCUGAAAAUUGCACUGCACUUCCUGAGGAGAAUAAAGCAAGAGGAGAUGGCUGACACUCUGCAGAGCAAAUCACCUGUGAUGUGUCAGCAUAAACUUAAGUCCAGUUUAAAAAGGAAGUUCCAGUGUUUGUUUGAGGGGGCUGCAAAAACACAAAGCCCAACCUUUCUGAAUGAGAUCUACACAGAGCUCUACAUCACUGAAGGAGGGACUGGAGAGGUCAGCAAUGAACACGAGGUCAGACAGAUUGAAACCACUGCGAGAAAACCAGUCAGACCAGAAAGAACAAUCACAUGUGAGGACAUUUUUAAAGCUUCACCUGGAAGAGAUGAACCAAUCAGAACAGUGCUGACAAAGGGAGUGGCUGGCAUUGGGAAAACAGUCUUAACACAGAAGUUCACUCUGGACUGGGCUGAAGACAAAGCCAACCAGGACAUCCAGUUCAUGUUUCCUUUCACUUUCAGAGAGCUGAAUCUGCUGAAGGCCUCAAAGUUCAGCUUGGUGAAACUCAUUCAUCAAUUCUUUCCUGAAACCAAAGAAGCAGGAAUCUGCUGGUUUGAAGACUUCCAGGUUGUGCUCAUCUUUGAUGGUCUGGAUGAGUGUCGACUUCCUCUGGACUUCUACAACACUGAGAUCCUGACUGAUGUUACAGAGUCCACCUCAGUGGAUGUGCUGCUAACAAACCUCAUCAGGGGGAACCUGCUUCCAUCCACUCGCCUCUGGAUAACCACACGACCUGCAGCAGCCAAUCAGAUCCCUCCUCAGUGUGUUGACAUGGUGACAGAGGUCAGAGGAUUCACUGACCCACAAAAGGAGGAGUACUUCAGGAAGAGAUUUGGAGAAGAGCAAGAAGCCAGCAGGAUCAUCUCCCACAUCAAGACUUCACGAAGCCUCCACAUCAUGUGCCACAUCCCAGUCUUCUGCUGGAUCACUGCUACAGUUCUGGAGGAUGUGCUGAAAACCAGAGCAGGAGGAGAGCUGCCCAAGACCCUCACUGAGAUGUACAUCCACUUCCUGGUGGUUCAAGCCAAACUGUGGAGUGUCAAGUAUCACCUUGGAGCUGAGACAGAUCCACACUGGAAUCCAGGGAGCAGGGAGAUGGUUUUGUCUUUGGGAAAAUUGGCAUUUGAGCAGCUGCAGAAAGGCAACCUGAUAUUCUAUGAAUCAGACCUGACAGAGUGUGGCAUCGACGUCAGAGUGGCCUCAGUGUACUCAGGGGUGUUCACACAGAUCUUUAAAGAGGAGAGAGGGCUGCACCAGGAGGUGGUGUUCUGCUUCGUCCAUCUGAGCGUUCAGGAGUUUCUGGCUGCUCUUUAUGUCUUUCUGACUUUGACAAACUCUGGUGUGAACCUGCUUCAGCCUAAAACCCGAUGGUUGAAUUUAUUCAGGGACAAAUCUAAGCUAUCAUACCUUUUCCAGAGUGCUGUGGAAAUGGCUGUACAGAGUCCAAAUGGGCACCUGGAUUUGUUUCUCCGCUUCCUCCUGGGCCUUUCCCUGCCAACGAACUUGACACUGCUUGGUGGGCUGAUGACUCACACAGGGAAUAUCUUGCAUGCCAAUCAGGAAACAAUUGAGUAUAUAAAGACCGUGGUCAAGAGGAAUCUGACUGCAGAGAGAAGCAUCAACCUGUUUCACUGUCUGAAUGAGCUGAAUGACCGUUCACUGAUAGAGGAGAUCCAGCAGUACCUGAACUCAGGAAGCCUUUCCACAGAUAAACUGUCUCCUGCUCAGUGGUCAGCUCUGGUCUUCAUCUUAUUGUCGUCAGAAGAAGAUCUGGAUGUGUUUAACCUGAAGAAAUACUCUGCUUCUGAUGAAGGUCUUCUGAGGCUGCUGCCAGUGGUCAAAGCCUCCAAUAAGUCUCUGUUGAAUGGCUGUAAUCUGACAGAGAGAAGCUGCGAAGGUUUGGCCUCAGUUCUCAGCUCUCAGUCUUCCAGUCUGAGAGACAUUAAUCUGAUGAACAACAACCUGCAGGACUCAGGACUGAAGGUUCUGUCUUCUGGACUGAAGGAUCCACAGUGCAGACUGGAAAAGCUGAGUUUGAACCAAAACAGUCUCACAGAGAAAUGCUGUCAAGAGCUAUCGUCAGUUCUCAGCACCUCUCAUCUGAGAGAGCUGGACUUGAGUUACAAUGAUCUGCAGGACUUGGGACUGAAGCAGCUCUCUGCUGGACUGAAAAGUCCAAACUGUAGACUGGAAACACUGAGCCUGAUUGGCUGUAAUCUUUCAGAGAAAAGUCACAAUGCACUGUCUUCAAUUCUCACCUCUACUCUGAGGGAGCUCGACCUGAGUGUCAACAACCUGCAGGAUUCAGGAGUGAUGAUAUUCUCUCAACAGGAAAAUCAACAUUGCAGACUGGAAACUCUCAGGCUGAUUCGAACUGGACUCACAGAGAAAUGCUGUCAAGAGAUGUCAUCGGCUUUAUGCACAAGGUCUUCUAGUCUGAGACUGCUCGACCUGAGUGACAAUGACCUGCAGGACUCAGGAGUAAAACUGCUCUGUGAAGGACUCACACAUCCACACUGUCCAGUUGAAAUUCUCAGGCUGAAUCAAACCAACCUCACAGAGAAAUGCUGCCUCGAAAUCUCAACAGUGCUCAGCUCCCAGUCCUCCAGUCUGAGAAAUCUGGACCUCAGUAACAAUGAUCUGCAGGAUUCAGGAGUGACAUUUCUCUCUGUUGGACUGGGAAGUCCGCAUUGCAUGCUGGAAACUCUCAGGCUGAGUGGCUGCAAAUUAUCAGAAAGAGCUUGUGAAGUUCUGAGGUCUGCUACUCUGAGAGAGUUGGACCUGAGUGAGAACAGCCUGCAUGAUUCAGGAGCCAAGCUUUUGUCAGCUAUGCUGACGAGCCCACACUGCAGACUGGAAACUCUUAGGUUGAAUCAAACGAGUCUCACAGAGAAAUGUGGUCAAGAUGUUUCGCUGGUUCUCAGCUCAAAGUCUUGUAGUCUGAGACACCUGGAUUUGAGCAAUAAUGAUCUGCAAGAUUCAGGUGUAAAACUGAUCUCUGAUGGACUGAGGAGUCCACACUGUAGACUGGUAAAAUUCAGAUUGUCGGGCUGUUCGAUCACAGCAGAUGGCUGUACUUCUCUGGCCUCAGCUCUGAGGUCCAACCCCUCCUAUCUGAAAGAGCUGGACCUCAGUUACAACCAUCCAGGAGAGUCAGGGGUGAAGCUACUGUCUGCAGGACUGAAGGAUCCACACUGGACACUGGAAGCUCUCAGUGAGGACCAUGGUGGUCUUCAGAGGCUGAAAUCUGGUCUGAGGAAGUAUGCAUGUGAACUAACACUGGACCCAAACACAGCCCACAAAAACGUUGUCCUGUCUGACAACAACAGAAAGGUCAGGCUGUCACCAGAGAAGCAGCCGUAUCCUGAACACCCGGACAGAUUCGACUGGUGCUACCAGCUGCUGUGCACAACCGGUCUGACUGGCCGGUGUUACUGGGAGGUGGAUAGGGAAAGAGGGGUCGAUAUUGGAGUGACUUACGGAAGCGUCAGAAGGAGGGGGGCUCGAGAUGGCAGCAGACUUGGAUGGAAUGAGAAGUCGUGGAAUUUGGAGUUCACUGAUACAUGCAUCUAUGCCUGGCACAAUAACAUUAGAACAGCUCUUCUUGCUCCUCCGUCACUUGGCUCUCACAGAGUAGGAGUGUAUCUGGACUGGACUGCCGGCACUCUGGCUUUCUACACAGUGUUGCCGGACUCACUAAUUCACCUGUACACCUUCUGUGGUGCUUUCACUGAACCCCUUUACCCUGGGUUUGGCAUCUUAUCACUAGAUUCAUUUGUGUCACUGUGUUAGAUACUCAACCCUUCAAAAAUUGCCUCUUCUCUCUUGAUUAAAACAUUAAUUAAAACCCACAUCUUAUAGGUCUCAGUAAUGAUCAUAUUUUAUUGUGAAAAAGAAAUUCUGGACAAUAUUUCAUAAAUGUUAAAAAAGAGACACAUGAGGGUGUAGAAAGUUAGAAUAUGAUAAAGAAAAUGCACCUGUAUGCAGUUUUAGUAUUUUAAUGUCAAAAUGCCAAAAAUUGAUUCUUUUCCUGUUAAUUUUAGUUAAAUAUUUUCACAAGAAAUUUGUCUCUGAAUUCAAAAAGUGUAUCUAUACUCAGCUUAGUAUGCUGCCUAUAUCACAUUUAUCAAAUUUUUAAAAACAUUUUUAAUUUAUGUGGUGCUGGUGGGGAUUUCUGAUUCAUAAAGGUUGCUGGUCCAAAGGUCCAAACUGUUCACUGGAAAAUCUCAAGUCAGAUCAAGUUGUAAUUCAUUUUUAAGGAUUUCAAUGGGAUCCAUUUAUUUAAAUUCCCUCUCUCAUAGUAUGUAAUACACACAGAUAAGAACUCACACACAGAAGUCUAAAUAUGAUAUAUUCUGUUAUUUUUUUCUACAGCACUGCUGUUGUUUAUCAGGCUCUGUGGCCUACUACACAGGACGUAAGCGACUGGGUGUUGGUACGAACUCUGUUUCCAACAAAACCCAGUUCUCUUUUCUUAAGCACUUAUGGAAUUCAGAAUCACAUGGUGGCUGAGGCCCAUCCCAGGUGACCUUGGUCAAGAGGCUGUGUACACCCUGAAAAAAAAUCAAGUCUAUUACAGGGCUAACACAGAGAGAAUGACAAUAAUUCAGACUCAUAUUUGCAACUGUAACCAAUUUAGAAUCAUCAGUUAUCCCAUGUAAGUUUUCCAUCAUAGUUAUCCCACAUAUGGGAGGAAGCUGGAGUACCAGAAGACAACUGGUGCAGGAAUAAGGGGGACAUGCACACAAAGAGUUGGUUGUAGUACUGAUUCAACUUCUUUACUCAAGUAAAAGUGAAAAAGUACAGGCUCUAAAAUGUACUCAAAGUAAGAAAUUAAAAUGUAGCUCUUUGGAGGACGUUUCUGCCAGCUAGUUUUGUGCAAAGCUAACUGAGCCUGCUAUAUUAAUGUAAAAAUAAAACAUUAUUACACGAGAAUACAAAAUUAAUUUCAAUCUAUCAUGAGCAAAGAAAAAAAAAAGAACUUUUAAAACUUUUGUUUGCGGUUACCUACAUUGUAGAGGGUGACUCUGCCUUACCUAAACAGGUACAGUCAGGGGUUACAGUGGGGUUCAGCAGGUGGGGAACCCUAAGACUGGUUAUAGUGGCUCAGUGUGGGGUAAAAAAAUCACAGCUCACAAUUUCUAUUGUGAGCUCCAGUAGAUUUGCUUUGUGUACAGGCUGUGAUCAGCUGCUGCUCCGUUUGGAUUUACACAACUGAAUUCAACAAGAUGUAACCCCGUAUUUCACGAGCUAUCUUGGCUGAUUUCCACCCCAGUUGGUACAAAGAAUGAAUUCAGUGAAUGAAUCUAAGCGUCAUCAGCUUAAAUGAAAUGAAUCUCUGAUAUAAUUGAUGCAACCUACCAAUCAUCAUGAACACCACAGCUGCUGUGCACCAGUCCAGCACACAGCUUUACUGUAAAUUCACAACAUUACAUAAAACUAACCUGUUUAUCCUGCAGUAAACUGCAGUAUUUUGAAUAACACAGUCUACCUCAGUUUGUAUUGCAAGAUGUUUGAAAAAAAAAUCUGUAGGUUGUUUGUAAUGAUCUCCUCCUUUUGUCAUUCUCAAACCUUCUGCAGCAGAUAAACUGUAUUAGUGUUGUGUGCUUUGUACAUUUCUCCACACCUCCACAGAGUGGACCGCGUGUGGUUAUGGAACAAUACAGUUAGUGCAUAAAUGAUUGUCCAUUUAGUUUUAGAUAAUACUGCAAUCAUUUUGACAUGUUUGUUUUUCCAGUGUUUAUAUGAACGUUUCAGCAUAGUUAGGUCUCAGUUUAUGUUCAUGCAUUUGUAUUUCAACUUUGUUCAUCAUAAAUUUAAAUGUAGUUUUGUUCCUAUUUCUAAAUACGGGAUCAUUUGUUUUGCUAUAAUUAAGCAAUAAUUGAUUCAUUUUAAUUUGUUUCUUUAAAGGUUAGUCAUUACAAGUAUUGACCAUAUUUCUCUCAUCAGUUUAAAGUUAUCAGCAGUUUAUUCAAUAACUCACUGCACCUGAUCACCAAAUAAACUUGAUUUCACAAUAAAACCAAAAAUCCUCGUCAGUGAAAGUAGAUGGAGUGAUGGUGAGCAUCUUCUGUCAUUGGUGCCUAACAAAGGAUCUGCUAAUUCAA